GUGUGGCGAAUUCAGUUCACUUGCAACGAUCGAGGAAAGAGCAUCAAUCAUGUCCAAGGGAUCGGUACUGCCUCAAUAUAUUGCUGGGCUGUCGGCUAGCUUUGGCGCCCUUUGCAUGGGCGCCAGCAUCGGUUGGUCCUCGCCCGUGGAGGCGAUGAUUACGAAGAGCUACGACUACGGCUUCCCCAUCACGACCAGUCAGUUUGGUUGGAUAUCCUCGCUGCUGACACUGGGUGCCACAGUGAUCUGCAUACCCAUUGGCUUUUCCAUCGACUGGAUUGGACGCAGACCUACCAUGUUGGCAUUGAUCCCGCCCUAUAUGGUUGGCUGGGUCCUGAUGAUCUGGGCAAAUAACGUGGCCAUGCUGUACUGCGGACGCUUCAUCCUGGGCAUGUGUGGAGGGGCUUUUUGUGUGACGGCACCCAUGUAUUGUACGGAAAUCAGCCAGACGGCGGUGAGAGGCACCAUCGGCGCCUUCUUCCAGCUGCUGAUCGUGUCGGGUGUGUUGUAUGGUUAUUUGGUGGGAGCCUACCUGUCCCUUGAUCUCAUCAACAUCCUGUGCGCCAUCCUGCCCCUGAUCUUUGCCAUCGUGCACUUCUUUAUGCCGGAGUCGCCGGUUUACUUGGCAAUCAAGGGACGAAAUGAGGAUGCUGCCGCUGCCCUGCAGUGGCUCCGAGGCAAGAAUGCCAAUAUCGAUGACGAGUUCAAGGAGAUCAUGGAGGAGACCCAAAGGCAGAAUGACCUGCCCAAGACCAAUAUCCUAGUGGCUCUGCGUCGCCCUAUUGUCUUGAAGGGUCUCGGCAUUGCUGUGCUGCUGCAGGUGUUUCAACAGUGGACAGGAAUCAACGCCGUUCUGUUCUAUUCCACCUCCAUAUUCGAGGAUACAGGUUCUGGUAUUACCGGCACUGAAGCCACGCUUAUUAUCGGAGUCACCCAGGUUGUCAGCACGCUUAUUGGAGUUCUUAUUAUCGACAAGGCUGGCCGAAGGAUUUUGCUCCUGAUCUCCGGCCUCCUGAUGGCCAUUACCACUGCUGCGAUGGGCGUAUACUUCCAGCUAAAGGAGAGCAAUCCGGGUUCAAUGGACAACUUUGGGUGGCUGCCCAUCUCCAGCAUUUGCCUCUUCAUCGUGUUCUUCUCGAUCGGAUUUGGACCUGUGCCGUGGCUGGUCAAUGCCGAGCUCUUCUCGGAGGAUGUAAAGAGUGUGGCUGGAUCGAUUGCCGGCACCAGCAACUGGCUGUCGGCCUUCAUGGUGACGCUGCUCUUCCCGAUCCUCAAGGAAGCGAUACACGCAGGGCCUACCUUCUGGAUAUUCACUGUGAUCGCUGUGCUCUCCUUCUUCUACUCGUUGUUCUUUGUGCCGGAGACCAAGGGCAAGACGAUAAUUGAGAUCCAGCACAUGCUCUCCGGCGGCAAGGUGGAGAAGAACAACACGACGUGAUACUUUUUUAUAUGACACUAUUUUUCAUGUUCUCUUUUUAAGCCAAUAGGAAAUUGUUAUGUGUAAGAUGUGACAAUCCUGAUCAAUAAAGUAAAAUUUAAAUAUAAAUAUAUAGUAAA